UCACUACUACGUAGCAAGCAGCAGCAUCAGUGGCUAGCGACCAGCAGCAGCAGCUCAGUCUACUGUGUGCUCAACACAAGUCAAAAGGAGGAUUUUACACAUUUAUUUUAACACUGAGAGGAAAAUUUCCGUUUGACAAGAUAUUGAUGUCAUAUUGUGGAACCCAAAACGGCGGCCGCCGCAGUAAAUGGGACCAGCCCGGCCCUGGCUCCGGGUCCGGUGGGAUGGGUGAAUCUGAAGCUGCUCCCACCGGAGCUCUGGAUGCUGCAGCGGCGGUGGCUGCCAAGAUCAAUGCUAUGCUGGUGGCUAAGGGAAAACUCAAACCCUCGCAGAUAGGCAUCCCGGGACCACCUGAUAAGGCUAUAGGUGUUGGGAAGCCUCCGAUGCAAACAAAGGCCAAAGAUGACCUGGUUGUAGCCGAGGUGGAGAUCAACGACGUCCCGAUCACUUGUCGGAAUCUUUUGACACGUGGACAAACGCAGGAUGAGAUCAGUAAAGUGAGCGGUGCUGCAGUUUCAACCAGAGGCCGUUACAUGACGGGAGAGGAGAAGGGCAAAGCGCUUCCAGGGGAUCGACCUCUGUAUCUGCAUGUCCAAGGACAGACUAGAGAGCUCGUCGACAGGGCAGUUAAUAGAAUCAAGGAAAUCAUCACCAACGGUGUGGUGAAGGCCGCAACUGCCUCGUCAUCUUCCUCACCCUUCUCCCCUAGUGGGGCUUCAGUCACAGUUUACCAGCAGCACAACCCACCUCCUCCCUCACUGCCCCCAAUGACCCAUCACAAACCACACUAUCAGUCCGGGAUGCAUUAUGUUCAAGAUAAAAUCUUUGUGGGCCUGGAGCAUGCUAUCCCGGGGUUUGUGGUCAAAGAGCGAGUCGAGGGUCCUUGCUGUUCGUACCUGCAGCACAUCCAGGCUGAGACCGGGGCCAAAGUAUUCCUCAGAGGAAAAGGUUCAGGGUGUUUAGAGCCUGCUUCUGGACGAGAGGCCUUUGAACCCAUGUACAUCUACAUCAGUCAUCCUAAACCAGAAGGACUUGCAGCAGCAAAAACCUUGUGUGAGAACCUGCUUCAGACAGUCCACGCAGAGUAUUCUCGCUUCCUCAAUCAAAUGAGCUCAAUGAUGCCAACACAACAAGGCUUUGCUCAGCCUCCGAUGGUGAACGGGAUGCCUCCGCAGCCUCCUUACUACCCCCCUGCUGGAUACCAGCCAGGCUACGCCAUGCCCGUACCACCACCUCAGCCUCAACCUGUCUCUCUAUCUUACACUAUCCCACCCCCUCUACAUCCCGCAGCACCAGCGGGUGUGCAUCCUCAGUACUCCCUCCCCCUUGCCCCCAUCCCUGCUCCCGCCCAUACCCACACCCUCGCUCCAGUGCCAGUUCCUGCCCCUGCACCUGCUCUGGCUUCAGGCACCAUGCCACAGACUCUUCCUCCUGUACCUUUUCCUCCAUCGGCUGUAGCGCCACCCAAGGCUCCGCCUCUUGCCGCUCCAGUCAACCCACCACAGAAAAGACGCUUCACAGAGGAGGUUCCAGACGAGAGGAACAGCGGCCUGCUCGGAUACCAGCAUGGACCCAUUCAUAUGACUAAUUUAGGUGCAGGCUUCCCAGUGGGCAGCCCAGAGACUACAGGACCCCCACCACCACAGAGUUCCUCUGGCCCGCCGAGUGAGAGGGACAGUCGGCAGCUAAUGCCUCCACCGCUGCUGCCUGUGAAUGGAGUGAGACCCAAGAUGGAGGAGAGAAGGGCACCGCAAGGCCCCGUGGAGCCUUCGGUGAAGAGAUUGAAAACAGGUUUGGUGGCAUACACCGGCGACUCCUCCGACGAAGAGGAAGACCACUCAACCUCUAAAGCCUUAGGGCCAGGUAACCCUGGGGCGGUUCCCCCCACCUCCUCAGGCUGGACACCGGGCUACCGCUGCCCUCCUCCACCACCCCCUCGCGCUAAAACACAGCCACAGCAGCAGGUUAUGCCUUUCUGGAUGGCACCCUAAAACAGGAAAAAUUUAACCUGUGCCGAGUCUUACAGGACGUUCACCCAAACUGAGCCUGUCUUUUUUUCCAUCAUUCAUCACGCGGAUGACUCUUAACAGCUACAUGGUAUUUUAGUACUUUGGGUCCAAAUGGACUUACUAAUGUUUUGGAAAACUUUGUUUGUUUCUUUUGGUGCACACAUUAUAGUUUGAAGAUGAACAUUUGCGGGACUGAUGCUCAAACUAUUUUGUAUAGAUGGUCUGCCUCCAGUUUUAUUUGGAAUGAUUUGAAAACCGAUGCCAGGUGAAGUGUUUAAAUCUUGUGUCUUUGUAAAAUCACAAGGCAAUGAUGUUGCACGUCACUGACCACUUUUCAUUUGAUCCCUAGUACAGCUUUUUGUACUUUUGUCCCCUUUCCUUUCCUUUCUCCCUGUCCAAAUCAGUGACACCAUCCUUUCCUAUUCUGGUCUUUUUGUACAGAUCAUAUUGGACUAAGAUGUAGUAAACCUAUUGAAUUUAUUUCAUGCUUUUAUGAAAUAAAUAAACUUAAUUUAUUGCCGUG